AACCUCCAGGCACCAUAACCCCUAUCCUUACUGCAUGUCAACUCUCUCUCUCUAGAUACACUAUCCUCCCUGUCACUCCUCUUGUUCUCUUCCUCCCUUUCACUUUCUUCCCUUUCUUUCUAAUCAGCAACCCUCACUCCACAGACUUAGAAUAUCAUUUGUCAUGACUAUUAAAAAGAUGAGUGAGGCCAAAGUUCUGUUCCCUUAAUUUCUUAAUUUCUCUUCUUUGGUUCAGCCUCAUGAAUAACAUUAGCUGUUGUCUUCUUGUGUCUCGCCAACUGAAAUCGUCUCAUCAUAGGCUCAAAGAUAAACAGCUGAACCACAUGCACCAACAACAGACUGCAGUCUGGUUAAUGUCUAAGCACACACACAUAUACCCACACAACACAACACAACACACUUGGAUUCAAGCCACGUAUACGCUACGUGUAUUACCUUACAACAGUUAUUCAACAUGUUUUCUAGGAAUCCAAAAGGAUGGGGGGCGGAAACCUUUUAUGAAAGGUGAUGACAAACUCCUCUAGAGAAAGUAGCAACCAACACAGACAUUUACCAAACACAAAAGGCACACACUUCUCUUUAUGGACUUUACAAAGACCUAACUAAGUGUUCAAUAAAGCAAAAUAAAUUGCCAAAUGUAUGAAACAAGGGGACAAACACAAUGUUCUGCUUUCUUGUCGUUACUAUCUGCCUAGUUAAUUACACUGACUCAUCCACCACAGAUCCUCAUCAUCAGUCCUCUCUGACAGGCUACAUUUCGCUGUCAGUCUGGUCCUCACCAUCAGUCCUCUCUGACAGGCUACAUCACUCUGUCAGUCUGGUCCUCACCAUCAGUCCUCUCUGACAGGCUACAUUUCUCUGUAAGUCUGGUCCUCACCAUCAGUCCUCCCUGACAGGCUACAGCUCUCUGUCAGUCUGGUCCUCACCAUCAGUCCUCUCUGACAGGCUACAGCACUCUGUCAGUCUGGCCCUCACCAUCAGUCCUCUCUGACAGGCUACAGCUCUCUGUUAGUCUGGUCCUCACCAUCAGUCCUCUCUGACAGGCUACAGCACUCUGUCAGUCUGGUCCUCACCAUCAGUCCUCCCUGGCAGGCUACAGCUCUCUCAGUCUGGUCCUCAUCAUCAGUCCUCCCUGGCAGGCUACAGCACUCUGUCAGACUGGUCCUCACCAUCAGUCCUCCCUGGCAGGCUACAUCACUCUGUCAGUCUGGUCCUCACCAUCAGUCCUCCCUGGCAGGCUACAGCUCUCUGCCUGUCUGGUCCUCAUCAUCAGUCCUCUCUGACAGGCUACAUUUCUCUGUCAGUCUGGUCCUCAUCAUCAGUCCUCUCUGACAGGCUACAGCACUCUGUCAGUCUGGUCCUCACCACCAGUCCUCUCUGACAGGCUACAUUUCUCUGUCAGUCUGGUCCUCACCAUCAGUCCUCUCUGACAGGCUACAGCACUCUGUCAGUCUGGUCCUCACCACCAGUCCUCUCUGGACAGGCUACAUUUCUCUGUCAGUCUGGUCCUCACCAUCAGUCCUCCCUGGCAGGCUACAGCACUCUGUCAGACUGGUCCUCACCAUCAGUCAUCUCUGACAGGCUACAGCUCUCUGUUAGUCUGGUCCUCACCAUCAGUCCUCUCUGGCAGGCUACAGCUCUCUGUCAGUCUGGUCCUCAUCAUCAGUCCUCCCUGGCAGGCUACAUUUCUCUGUCAGUCUGGUCCUCACCAUCAGUCCUCUCUGACAGGCUACAGCACUCUGUCAGACUGUAGUCAGACUGCCAUCAUUUUCAGAUAGGUCCAAAACAGCAACAACUGCAUCAUUAUCACCCCAUACAAGCAGCGGUUUACGAGCACUACCUAACAUAUAUUGCCUCCCUAAUGUCCCUCUAUUCCUUACAUCUAGCCAUACUAUUUCACAUAGAAUGACUUCUUUGAAAGAGAAAAUGUUGCUGUACAUCCAUAAGUUAAUUUGAUAUGUUUUCGCCUCUGACAGUCUGACACCGAGGGUUUCUGCAUGGGAGCUGGGAGGCGCCUGCCUGCCUCGCACUUGAAGCAUGAACAGUGCAAUGCAUUCUGACGUUUCUCUCGCUCACACAGCUGUUGAGGUUGAGGAGCGAAGCUUGCGCAGCUCUGCAUGAAAUGACUGAUAAUUCAAAGGCGCGCGCCGAGAACACCAUGCAUCCCGAUUUGGAACGUGCUGUCGGAGAAAACACUUUGCGUAAUUUACCCAGGAAUGCACCUUGAAGAAGGCAGCCAUUCUGUAGCCGAGCGCUUUAUUUUGAAACAGUGGGUCUUUUCCAGUCAGUUUCUGCUUCAACGAUCUGUUUUCAAUAAGGAUGUACAGAACAUCUAAUCAACCAUAAAAGGCUGGAGAUAUCAAAGUGGAAAUGUUACUCUGGGAAAUAAAGUGGGGACUGUGACUGUGCGCAUUCUGGUUUCUCCCAACGAAAGCAAGUAGUCUAUAUGGUUACGCGCACGUUGUGCUUUGUGAGAACAAGACAUCAACCAACCGAAGAUGGUCCGGUUUGUUCUUUGUGCUUUAAUAUUAGCUUUGGCUGACUUGAAUUAAAGAAUAACUGUAGGCCUAUAUAACAUCCGUGGAAUUGACCGUUUAUUCCCCACCGUUCAAAUGCUGGAAUGGCUAGUGGUUUUGUGUAUUGUGAUUCUGGUGGCCGUUAUUUGGCCAGCUUCGAAAUAUUUUGGUACCCAGGGCGAGCCAGACGCACUCUUCCAGGGGCUCGGAAUUUCACGGCGGCAAACGAAGGAGAGGGUCUCGGAGAGGUGCGUCUCAGACCGGGAGGUCCCGGGGGACUGUGCUAAUGCCCAGACACCGGACUUGGAAGGUGAGAAUAAAGUCCCCGCUGUUGCGCUGAUAUGCAAACCCUCGGCGCUGGCCAACUAUCUCUUCAAACACUGCAGGACUUUCAGCAAUUUCACGGCGUGCACCGGAUGGACAUGGCGGGCGAGUGCGUUUCUUCAGACAGUCUACGGCGCGUGCUGGCCGUACAAGAGCCGGGUGCAUUUCGUGCGAGACUACUUGCAGUUGAGUGACGAUGGUCUCGUGGCACUGGACUGGGCAGUAUCGGUGGCCGGUGCGUCGUACCAGAAACGGAGGAGAACCUCGAGUAAUUCCACGAGCCCAAUCCUCCUCAUCAUACCCAACUCUUUCGGGAAAAUCACUAGAAAUGUGCUGAAGCUCUGUGAGGUGGCGUUGUCCCAUGGCUACCUACCCGUGGUGUUUAACCGGCGCAGCCACAAUUCCACCCCCCUCAGCACCGUCAAGCUGCAGCAGUUUGGCGACCCAGGUGACCUACGCGAGGCCGUGCGCUACGUGCGCUACAGGCAGCCUGUGAGCCGGCUGUACGCGGUGAGCGAGAGCACCGGGUCCGGUCUCCUCCUCGCCUACCUGGGAGAGUGUGGUUCAUCCAGCUACUUGACGGCCGCCGCCUGCCUCUCGCCAGUGUUCCGCUGCCAGAGCUGGUUUGAGAAAGGACCCAUCUGGCCCAUACACUGGGCUCUGGUGACUUACCAGAGGAUAUGCCUCAGCAGGUACAGGACAGUGCUGGGUGAGACAGUGCACACCGACACCCUUUUCUCCAGCUGUUCCCUGCGUGGCCUGGAGGAGGUGCUGUUCUGCCAGCAGCCAGGCCCUAAAGGAGCCCUGGCCCUAGCAGGGGGAACCAGCAGCAGCAGUGGGGGAGCCUGGGAGGCCUACUGGGAACGCAAUGAACCCCUCCGGGACGUAGACGAAGUCGCCAUCCCCGUUCUGAGUGUCUGUGCUCAGGAUGACCCUAUCAGAGGAGACCCCCAGUCUACCCUACCCCUGGAACUCUUCGAGAGCAACCCCCACUUCUUCCUGCUGCUGACCACCAGGGGGGGACACUGUGGCUUUAACACCCAGGAAGGGAGUGCUUUCUCUGGGGGAAUGACCGGUGGAGGGACCCCUGGGACUAGCUGGAGUCACCAGGCCCUGCUGGAGUUCUUCAGGACCACCACGGACUUCAUUGCGGCAGAGGAGAGGGCUAAGCAGGCUGCCAGACGGAGGGGCCUGGGGGGUAGCAGCCAGGGCAAAGUCUUCAGACAUCGUAGUGUCAGUACCUGUAAGAGGCUGCCCGCAUGCUCACAUAAUAUACACACUAUCUACAACUGGCAGAGGUCUUAUACACGAUGAGCUGGGGUGAUGAUAUUGGAUAUUAUGGAUGAUAAGGGAUUGAUAUUAUGGAUGAUAAGGGAUUGAUAUUAUGGAUCAUAAGGGAUUGAUAUUAUGGAUGAUAAGGGAUUGAUAUUAUGGAUGAUAAGGGAUUGAUAUUAUGGAUGAUAAGGGAUUGUAUCUGCAGAACAAGAGAGCUUUGCAUUUAAGGGCUGAAAAUGAAUCUGUGUGCCCCAGCCACCUGGGUAAUUGUUGGAACAGGGUUUCAUCGACACACACUCUCAGAAAUUGAGGAUGAACACUUCAAAACACACUAGGGGUAACCAGAAAAGUCUGUGUGUUUGUGUGCGUUUGUUCCCGCCCGAUGACUGUCCAAAAAUGCCCAUCUGGACACUGGACUGCCAGUAUUUCUCUGACGAGCCAAUCAGAUUCAAGAGGAAAAUUUGUGUAAUGAUAUUGUGAUAUUUUGCUGAACUGGGUGGAACCUGUUGGGUCUGUGGGUUUUCCCACAUGUUGUAAUUCAAACUCUGACUGAGGUUUGUUGAAUGUAGCUGGAAUUUACAACUUUGAAUUGGCACUGUUAGUGACAUGAUGAUUUUCCUGUAGAUUUCUCAACAAUGUUAAACCUCUGUUAAAUGUGUUAAAUGAUGUGAAUGAUUGUUCCUUACCAAUGUAAUAAAACAAAACUAUGAGGGAACAUG